UUGUGUCUGAUUGGUUGAAAACAUUGCCAUGUCCGUCGGAUGAGACGUUCACGAUUCCUUUGGUUCCCGGUGCUGCGUGUGGAAGGACCGAAAGGGGCCGGGCCCACAGAGGAAAGAAAUGGCGAGUAUGGUCACCGAGAACGGGUGUGGAGUGGCAGCGGAGACCGCACAGCCUCCGGGUCCGGGUCGGGGCGCGGUCCGAUGGGGCUCACAGCACGCCGGCGCCCGAGAACUGGCCAGUCUGUACUCGCCAGGCAAAAGAUGUCAAGAAUGGAUCAGCGUCAUCCUCUGCUUCUCUCUCAUGGCCUUCAACUUAAUUCACCUUCUUGCCAAUUUCCACCUGGGACACGUGUGGUACAUUCAGCUGGGCAUCGUGGCAGGAAUCCUCACCGCUGACUUCGCGUCGGGACUCGUACACUGGGGGGCCGACACCUGGGGAUCGGUGGAUCUACCCAUCUUUGGAAAGGCGUUCAUUCGCCCGUUCAGAGAGCACCACAUCGACCCCACAGCCAUCACCCGUCACGACUUCAUCGAGACAAACGGUGACAACUGCAUGCUGACCAUCGUCCCUCUUGCACACAUGGCCUUCAACUUUCUCAUGCUGUCCCCCGCGGAGAUUUACCACAUCUACCCGUGGUACUGCUACUUGUACGCGCUGGCCAUCUUUGUGACGCUCACCAACCAGAUCCACAAGUGGUCGCACACGUACUUUGGCCUUCCUGGCUGGGUGGUGUUCCUGCAGGACUGCCACAUCAUCCUUCCUCGCAAGCACCACCGCAUCCAUCACGUCUCCCCUCAUGAGACGUAUUUCUGCAUCACCACAGGUUGGUUAAACUAUCCUCUGGAGAGGCUCGGUUUCUGGAGAACCUUGGAGGAUCUCAUCCAGGGCGUGACAGGAGAGAAACCCAGAGCAGACGACUUAAAAUGGGCUAAGAAAUUGAAAUAACUCUGAUGGCUAACUGCAUCCUACCUCAGCAACCUCUGGCUCUGCCCAGGCUUCUCGUUGUGUUUUCUUGCCUCACUUAAAAACUGUAGUUCACAGGAUGAACGGCUAACCGUAUCUGAUGCCAUAGCUUUAAGUCUUGCACAUUUCUUUUUUCCUCUUUCACCAAGCGAGGGCUCUGUUUCUGGGAUUUUAUUUCAUAGCUUUUCUACACGGAUACAUGAUCUAAACUGCAAUAUGUUAUAAGCUUUUUAUUUCUAAUGCAGGUCAUAAUUUUUUUAAAGGUUUUUGCAAAUAAUGUGUCACUUUCCAAAGGAGGUGAGACUAUUACUCUGAUCUGAACCAGUGCUUUGGAGAAUGAUCACACACUUGAUCAGCAGAGCUUGUAUUCACAUUUUCACUCGUCGCCGCUUUAUUUUCUGUUGAAUGAAGAAGCUCUAAAGAAUCGAAUUCGAUAUGAACGAUGUAGAAUCAGUCAGUUGCGUGGGAUCUCUCUAGAGGCGUUACCAUUGUUAGUUUGUGAUCGAAUUUGGAGUAAUUGUUACAUUUGCUCUCUACUUGCACAUUUAGGUUUGCACACUUUUUGAUAGUUUUAUAGGAUAAGUGGAAACAAAGUGAGGCACAAAUAUGUUUUUUGUUUAUUUUUUUGGUCAAGAAUUAUGAAAUUCCUAUCUUUCUUUCUAAAACAGCCAUAUUUAUUAGUAGCUUAAUAAAUGGAAGAAUCUGUUACAGCGGGAGAACCAGUGAGCUACUAAAUAAUCAAAAUAAGUCUGAAACUGACAGCUGCUCUCUCACUUCCUUAUUGAUAGCUUUGCCUGUUGAAGUUACUUUAUACUCCCAGUUUUAAUAGUUGCACUUGCGUUAUUAGAUUACUUCAAAUCUAAGGACUGUGGGAUUUUUUUUGCUUUAUUUUUUUCCACUUUCAAGCUAAACCAGAGCAAAAAGGGGACAUUAGAAAUAUUAUACACAGACUUCAAUCUGUGGAAAUAAAGAUUCAUGCUCUGGAGAGGAAUACCAAGAACAACCCUGGUUCAGCUCAACGAAUAACUCAAAACAAUGACCAGCUCAGUGUUAGACAAAGACUUCAGUCAGUAGAAAUGAAGAUUCAGCGGUUGGACUGGAAAUGAAGCAACUCUUUUUCAAAACAAACGGAGAGUUUGCAUAAACCUCACUCAGAAACUCUGGGAGCUAAACUGAAAAAAUAAAUUCUUGCACUUCAAAUCCGAUGAGAAUAAUGAUCAGCGUGAUCAGUUUUGAGCUGAAAUAUUCCCCCAUCAUCUAGACUUUAACACCGACUGCACCAAAGAAAAAUAAACCUCACCUUCAAACACCAACAAGAGCUGUGAGGCAAGACAAACACAUUCAGCCACCAGGAAACUCAAUCAAUAUGUCAAAAUUGCUUAUUGUCAGAGAUAAUAAACGGAUUUGGUCAUUUUUCCAAUAAUAAGAGAAUAAAAAUACUCGUUCCCCAAAGUCAGUGUCUGAUAUAACAGAGAAAAUGCUCUCUGACCACUAAUGAUCUGGACAAACAAAAGUCUAUCAUUCUUCUGAACGCUACUGGGAAAAUAAACUGGAGUCGUUUCUCAGAGGUUCCUUCCCAUCAGCUCCAUGGGGGAUUUGAAAUACUCCAGGUUGCUCAUGAUAAACAAAUGGCUGCUAAAAGCCCGUUCUGCUGGCCUUCAUUGACAACCACAGGAUAUUCUGAGACCGUUGUCAUCUCUUCGGGCGAGGCAGAUAAAUAAAGCUACUCACUGCAAACCUCUUUCAUUUUAUCAACAACGUGAUCGCCGCUUCAGAAGAACAGGCUGAAGGACGUUUGAUUAGGAUGCAACUCGCCACAUAUCAGGAGCAACUGGAGCCGGAACGACUCCUUCAUUAACGACCCAACACACCCGCUCAGAAAUGUUUUCUCCUGGAUCUGAGAUGAUUAAAUUCACGGAUAAAUGAACGACCAAGUUCUCAAAAAUACAACUUUUCUUAGUGCUCACAAAGCAGACUUCACUUCAUCAAACGUAAAUCUGAUUCUCCAGAGGCAGGCCUGUUACAAUAACAACUUUUACUGGUUAUUAUUCCUCCUCCAGAACGCAUCUGGCUUCCCGGCAGUACGAAACAGGACAGUACUGUCCGGAUCACCAGAGGAAAACUUAAAAAAACAACAAAAAAACAGAAAUACUAAAAUCAAACCUCAUGAACCUUCUGCCACCAAGUCACUUAAACAGGCUCUGCUAAAUAUAAGAUAGUUAAAAGGACUAUUAGUUACUGACUUCAUAAUGUUGAUUUCAAUCGUACUAAUAUAGUUGCAGCAGAAACUAGACCAAAAAUACUUGGUAAGAUUUUGUGGUUUUGCAGUGCAGUUUUAAGGAUGUUUUGUGCUUCUUGUAAAUCCAUAAGGCUUAUGGUGAUGACUAUUGGUUAUUGAUAGAAAAGGCUUAAAGUGACACAGUCAUUGGUAACAAAGACUCGCUUGACUGAGAACUUUGAACUGAGGAUUUGUGGUGAACUGAACCCAAACCACAUUCUCUCUUGGCUGUAGGAGCUUUUAUUGAUUUAUUGGGCAAAAAUGUUCUCUCCAAGUGCUCUCAGGAUUGUAGUUAGAGCCAUUCAAAUACUGUACUGGGAUUUUCUUGUGUGGGGAAAAAUAACACUCCAUUAGAAGAGUUAAGGAUAUCUUUUGAAAUAUUAAAACUAAUUGAUCUUUGAGUUAAGACAGAUUUUGUCGGGUAAAGCAGGCAGUUAACUGACGCAAUGUGACAGUGGAUCAAUACAAAUAACUUCUGUCUGUUUGUUAUGAACGUUUAAUAAGUUUUCUUUUCCGUUUUGGAGGACUGAACGAGCAGCAGUGUAUUUACACACCAUAUGAAUAUGAUAAAACCUUGAUUUCUGGAAGUUGAUGAGCUAGUCAUAAUGACUCCUAGGUUUUUAAAAUUAAUUGCCUUAUGCUUCCCUUAAGGAUUUACAGUAAAUGUUGCCGCCAUUGUUGGAGAAAAUGGUCUGAGUGACUUUAUUUUGCCUGUCAUGUGACUCAUGUUCUCUGAGUUGGGACCCACAUGGACGUCGGUGUUGGUCAGAAGCCCUUGGAGAUGAAGCUUUGAUAUCAGAUUAAUGCCUUGAUGCCUUUUUGUUGUCUUCCUUAUGGGAGGCUUAUAAUGUACAUAUUAACCUGUAUUUAUAAAUAAACUAACAAACACCAA